GUCCCAGUGACAGCACUGGCCUUUAGUAAGGACUACCUAUUUGCAGGAGAAGGUCCGAUCCUGAGAGUCCACAGCCGUCACGACAACGAACUGAUCGAGUCGAUCACUGUCUUCUCCUCACAAGCUAUCCAUGGAAUUGCCAUUUAUUCCGAAGGCAUCAUUGUUUGGGGCGGUCGCUUGGUCACACGAUUUACCUUUGCCGAAUAUCACCAUUCCCCUCUGACUCGUCAUUCUUCUUUCGAAGCAGCCGAUUGGAUCCUCGACAUCUCUGUCUCUCCCAAUUUGUCUGGACAGAAGCAAAAAGCUGCUUUGAUCACUGCUCACAAUGCUCUCCUCCUAUUGGAACUGGAACCAACAUCUGGGUUGAUAGAGUUGACCUCAAACUCAAAAUGUAUCCUCUAUUCAGCCCAUAUACACUGGACCGUUAACGACCAUAUUCUUGUAUCUUCGGGCACAGUCUUCGGCGACAUUAUCGUGUGGUCUUGCUUAUUGCAGNAAGACCAAGCCCCCUCAUCAAUACUACACCAUGUUUUGAUAGGCCACGAGGGGUCCAUCUUUGGUGUGCAAAUCUUCGAAUCCCCAGCAUCCGAGUAUAGAAACGGUCCCUCUCGGUUACUAGCUAGCUGUAGCGACGAUCGCACUAUCCGCAUCUGGGAUAUCUCAUCUCUACCCGAAACUGCUACCAACCCACAAGCAGCUGCAGACUUGACGUCGGCUCGGGAAACUGGUUUUGGUGCCAACGUCGCUGAUGUUCUACCGGAGAACGCAUCUGGUGGAAGAUGCAUUGCCAAAGGCUGGGGACAUGCCUCGAGAAUCUGGGGUGUGAAGUUCAUACCGUCCUUAGACCCAAAAGUCCUCUCGUAUGUUGCUUCAUUCGGUGAAGAUGCAACCCACCAAUUCUGGAGUCUCGGUGAGACGAGUCCUGAUCAGUUCGCUCUAACACACCUGNGGGGCUCUUGUUUGCACGCCGGUAAGAACAUAUGGUCAUGGGCAAUUCAUCAAGACACCCCAGGCGAGGUUGUCAUCGCUAGUGGAGGUGCAGACGGCAGUAUUGCUCUCGAGCCGAAGUCGAUUCCCUUCACUGGUGCGUCGGAUCACACUCAAACCUGGUCGAUAGAGGAUCUAGGCUCGUCAUGUCCGGACCGUCCACAAUCAGGUCGUUCAGACAAGCUGCGAAGUUACGCCUUUCUGGAUAAGACUAAUCUAUUGGUUACUACCGACGCUGGAAACAUUUUGCUGUUGACAGAAAAUGAAGACGGUCAAGCCCAAACAGACUGGAUCCGAAGGGAAGAGAAGCUUCGAGGAUACUCUGUCGUUACCAGCAUACCGAGUCUGUCUAUUGCAUUCUUGGCAGGUAUGGAUGGCUCGGUUAUGCUGUAUGAAGGCAAGGGGGUGAAGGAGCUGGUCAAAUCAACCAGAAAGACCGCAGCGUUGUUCGCUCAGCAACUGUCUGCCUCAGAAGAUAUUCAUCAGCGAAUUGGUCUUCUGGUCGCCAACGUUGAGGCCAAGACAGCCCUCUUCACGCGUUUCAGCCUGAGCAAUGGCACCGAGGGUGCUCGAACAAUCGAAAACCCGUCAACAUGGAGACUAGCGUUACCUAAAGGCUUUGUUAUAACUAGCUCCCUCGCAGUCAAUCUUGGUCAGGAAGAAGGGUUGAUGCUUAUUUUGGGGUCAAGGAGUGGCUCAAUGGUGGUCUUCCACGUAGAUGGCACGCCAGGAAUUCAUGAAGAUGUGGCACAUCAACACCUGCAUGCACAAGCUCAUGGCUUUGAAUCAGUGACUGAUCUUACUUGGCAUGCUGGACCAAACUCGGUCGGAGACAGUGGGCACAUUUUCUCAGUAGGCAGAGACGGCACUUACGCUAUACACCACCUCUCGAAGUCAGACUGUGGUGUCGAGCUUCGAUUGAUUAGCCAAACGACCCUUCCGUUGGGGACAAACAUUGAGGGGCUUCACAUCGACGAGAACACCAAUCAUCUUCUGGUCUGGGGCUUUCAUAGUCGUCAGUUCAUCGUGUUUGAUGCGACAGAUGAGCGUGAAAUCAUGAACAUUGACUGCGGUGGAGCCAAUCGAGUCUGGAAGUUCGUCCCUGAAAGGUUACAAGGAGGUCACUUUGUCUGGACAAAGGCUUCUCAACUCUGCCUCUUCUCUAAGACUCAAAAUCUCACAGGAGUUUUAAACAGAGGCAGCCACGGCCGAGAGAUCAAGUCUGUGGCUGUUGCUCCUACAAAUCCGACCAAGUCCGGCGUUCUGUUUGCGACUGGUUCUGAAGAUACUGAUAUCAAGCUUUUCACUUAUCAGAAUCAGGGCAAGGUGCCCCACUUCCGCUGUCUGAAGACGCUANAAAAGCACAACACCGGUAUUCGGCAGCUGGAAUGGUCAUCCGACGGACGCUAUCUUUUCAGUAGUGCUGGAUUCGAGGAGUUCUUUGUGUGGAGAGUGCAGAAGGCGCCUUUGGUCGAGCUGGGAGUGGUCUGCGAAUCAGUAUGUCCUACCGAGAGCGAUUUGCCUGAUCUCAGAAUCAUGAGCUUCUCGUGUAGAGAAGAACAUGGCAAGUUCAUCGUCACAAUGGCUCGUUCAGACUCCACUUUGCGGAAUUCUUGGAGCAUUCUAGUGACUGGAAACUACCUGACCUCCUGCUUGACGCAAUGUCUUCACAUCGAGACGUUUGACCACACUCAGUCGCUUAUCACGGCGGGUACCGAUGGCUAUGUUGCUUUCUUCCCGCUCAAAGCUGACUUCAAGGCUGCCACGACCGAAUCAAGUGCUCUGAAGUGGACUUCCCGUGCAAAUAUUCAUCAAAACACAAUACACACUAUGAAGUUGCACUGGUUCGACAACAGGACAUGUCUGCUUGUUACUGGAGGUGAUGAUAAUGCAGUAGCUUUCAGCAUUUGCGCCUGGAGCGCUGCAGGAACGACGCCAGAGGUUCACACAGUGAUUGUUCCGCGUGCGCAUGCAGCUGCUGUCACGGGUGUCGAGAUACUAGCCUCUACUGGCCUCAAAUGGUUUGAAAUUGCUACUACCAGUAUCGAUCAACGGGUCAAGUUCUGGGAGGUACACUACAAUGGCGCACAGCUAGGGGUUGAUGGGCUUACGGUCAAGAGGAAGGGCAACCACUUUACUGCUGUUGCAGAUGUCUCUGGUCUUGCUGCCUUGGAUGUUUCAUCCCUCAUUGUCUGCGGAGUGGGCAUAGACGUAUGGAGCCAUGGUGUACGUGGUGGUUGA